UUACUCUGCCCGUUAUCGGCUACGUGCCGUCGAUCGUCAGCCUUCAUGACGAUGGUGUGGUAAAAAGAAAGUUGCUUGGAAGACGCUGUUUCCGUGUCACGUUGUCUUUGUGAGUCGUGAGUUCUACAUACUAGUACUGUGACCGGAACAGAUCAACACACGUCGUCCCCGCAACGAAUGAUGGCAGCGGACACGUUAAACUCAUCCGAAAUCUUCAAUGCCAAUGCUUUAUAUCAGGUUUUAUACUCCCUGGUAUUUGGUUCCACUCUCUGGCUAACUGGAAUUGGGGGCCCCGUUGCCUUCCGUGUCCUACCACGUCACCAGUUCGGAGCACUCCAAGCUAAAACAUUCCCAAUCUUCUUCGGCAUGUCUGUUGGUGUCGAAGUCACCUUGUUAUCUCUCUGGAUCCGGAAAUACCCUUCAGUCAUCUCUACAUACACAGAUGUUAGCAAGGCUGAAGUUGUGCAAGCAUGGAUCCUUGCCCUCGCCUUUAUCCUGACCAGCAUCAACACGGUAUGGCUGGGGCCGAAACAAUCCAAAAUCAUGUGGCAGCGCCACAAGUUGGAGCGCGAAGAAGGGAAAUCCUAUCUCGAUCCCACUGCAUCGGAUGAACUCAAACAGCUAACGGCACGUUUCGGGAAGCUUCAUGGAAUGGGCUCCCUGUUAAACUUGAUUUCCUUCCUCGCUCUCCUAUUCCACGGACUGUGGAUCGGCACUCAUGGAAUUUAAGAAUUGCUAAACCUUCUCGCUCCGUCCGGCCACUUCAUGACGACUUUGCGUAUUGCCCAUCCUUUUUUUUUGGUGAUAAACGUGCUCGCAACGAUAGUCCUGACAUUCACCCUGACUGAUUACAAUGCCUCCUGGGAGGCAGCGACACUAUCGUGACAACAGACAUAUAAAUAGACAAGAUAUAUCAUCGAAGAAGAAAA